AUUGCUUUCCUCUAUAAAUUUUAGAGAAGGUAAAAACUCAUGUCCCUUUUCCGUUUUCAUUUCUCCUCCUCUUUCCACCGUCUGGGGGGAGAUCCCAAGCGCCACGCGGAUCGGAGAAGAAGAGGGGAGAUCGAAAAGUGAAAAUGGGCCGUGGAGUUAGCUGCGGAGGGGGUCAAAGUUCUCUUGGCUACCUAUUUGGUAGUGGUGAGGCUCCUAAAUCUGCUGGAGAGUCUGCUGAACCUGUUCAGAAGCCGGCUUUUAAAUCUACUGCAGAGCCUGCUGCUGAACCUCUUCAGAAACCAACUUCUGCAACACAAGUUGAUAACAAGCAGAUCCCUGCUGGUAUCCAAGGGAGUCUAGCAAACAACUACCAGCGAGCUGAUGGGCAGAACUGUGGAAACUUUAUCACGGAACGCCCUUCAACGAAGGUGCAAGCUGCUCCGGGCGGAGGCUCUUCCCUUGGUUUCCUGUUUGGCGAUGGCGGCAGCAAGUGAGGAAAGCAAUUUGUUGCUUCUGCUUAAACUCUUAAACUCUGCAGCUAUUGGUAAAGACUUGAUCAUGAAUUAUUAUUAUUAUUAUUUGGCUUCAUGUGGACAAUGUCUCAGUUGAAGUUUCAUGGUUCACUGCUAUUUUCUACCCUUUGCCUAAUGAGUAAUGACUCAUCUUUUUACCGUA